AUGGGGCAAUUGGCUGCAAGGUUAAGUGAAAGAGAGCAUGGGAAAUUUCCAGUCAACCCGAGAUCAAUCCAGGUGGGCAGCAAUGAGGAAAACGUGCAAGAAGAAGAACAUGAAGCUGACACACCUCAGGAUCACAGUGUUGUUUCACUCCCGAAAGAGUCUGUUCAAGAAAAAGUAAUUUCUGCUCCAAAGACAUCUGACAAGUCUACUCCAAAGAAUAUGUACGUGCCUCCUAUUCCAUAUCCUCAACAUUUGAAGAAGAAGAAGAAUGACAAGCAUAUGAUGGAUAUUCUGGAGAUGUUCAAAAAGGUGCACAUUAACAUUCCUCUUCUCGAUGCAAUUAGUCAAAUUCCCACAUAUGCAAAGUUUCUGAAGGAGUUAUGCACGAAUAAAAGAAAGUUUGAGGAGCAUGAAAAGGUUAUGCUAUCUGAAGAAGUGAGUGCAGUGUUACAACGGAAGCUUCCUCCAAAAUUGAAGGAUCCUGGUAGCUUUUCUAUCCCUUGCACUAUUGGUGAUCAUUCUUUCAAGAAAGCUAUUCUUUCAAGUGUGAAUCUUAUGCCAUAUUCCAUCUAUGAACAACUAAAUUUGGGGGAAUUACAAGAAACUACAGUGAAGUUGCAGCUAGCCGAUCGAUCUCUGAAAAUCCCAAGAGGAAUCGUUGAAGAUGUAUUAGUGAAAGUUGAUCAACUCAUCCUUCCAGCUGAUUUCUUUGUACUUGAUAUGGAAGAAGUGCCAAUACUGGACCAGGAGAUUCCUAUGUUGUUGGGCAGACCAUUCAUGGCUACUGCAGGGAUAAUGAUAGAUGUAAAACGAGGAAGACUCACAAUGGAAGUUGUUGAUCAGAUUGUGCAUCAAAGUUUCCUAGAAAAUCAUUCUCCUGAUCCCAUAGAGACAUGUCUUGCUUAUAAUGGAAUGGAAUUCACUGAGCCGAGGAUUGAAGAGGCCGCUGCAAUCCUCCACGUUGUUCCUAAGUAUUCUCCACAAUUUCAGUUGAGUUUUGAAGCUCUUCCUCCUUCCAAUGCCAAGAUUGUUCCCUCUAUUGUUAAAGCACCUGUAUUGGAGUUGAAACCAUUUCCAAAACAUCUGAAAUAUGCAUACCUUGGAGAUUUGGAGACUUUACCUGUGAUAAUAGCUUCAAAUUUAAGCAGGCUUGAAGAAGAGAAGUUGCUAAGAGUUCUCAAAGAUCAUAAGGCAGCCAUUGGGUGGUCUAUUGCAGACAUUAGAGGUAUAAGUCCCACAAAGUGCAUGCAUCGCAUUCUUUUGAAGGAUGAAUCAAAGCCAAGUCGUGAGGAACAAAGGAGAUUGAACCCGCAUAUGAAAGAAGUGAAAUCCGGUAUUACCGUCGUCAAGAAUGAUUCCAAUGAAUUGGUGCCUCAAAGAGUGAUAACGGGUUGGAGAGUUUGCAUAGAUUACCGGAAGCUUAAUGCAUCUACACGGAAGGAUCACUUCCCUUUGCCAUUCAUCGAUCAAAUGCUUGAAAGAUUAGCCGAUCACAGUCACUAUUGUUUCUUGGAUGGUUACAGCGGUUAUAAUCAGAUUGCCAUAGCACUGGAGGAUCAAGAAAAGACCACUUUUACAUGUCCCUUUGGCACUUUCGCAUACCGGAGGAUGUCGUUUGGUCUUUGCAAUGCGCCAUCAACUUUUCAAAGGUGUAUGCUCAGUAUUUUCUCUGAUAUGGUGGAAAGAUUCAUUGAAGUUUUCAUGGACGACUUCAGUGUGUUUGGCUCUAGCUUUGAUGAGUGUCUCCAUCACUUGCAGCUUGUUCUCACAAGAUGCGAAGAAUGCAACUUGGUGCUUAAUUGGGAGAAGUGCCAUUUUAUGGUGCAACAAGGUAUUGUGCUUGGCCAUGUAGUUUCGCAUAGAGGUAUUGAAGUAGACAAGGCAAAAGUUGACUUGAUAGCCAAGCUCCCUCCACCUACAACAGCGAAAGGAAUAAGAAGCUUCCUUGGACAUGCCGGUUUUUAUCGAAGAUUUAUCAAGGAUUUCUCACGCAUCGCAAAGCCUUUAUGUGAUCUUCUUGCUAAGGAUGCCACCUUCUGCUUCAAUGAUGCGUGCCUAAAGGCUUUCAACACACUCAAAGAGCUCUUAACGAAAGCUCCCAUCAUUAUGGCACCAUCAUUAACGAAAGCUCCCAUCAUUCGGAAUGAACCCUGCGAGGACCACCUCCAAAGGAGAUGCUACCGGAAAUUCAGCAUAACCUCCCUUGAAAAUGGACAACACUUCCUAAAGCCACAUGGGAGAAGAGGGAGAGUCCAGCGAGAGGUAGAGGAGAAGAGGGAGAGUUCGGCGAGUCGGGCGAGAGGCAGAGGAGAAGAGGGAAAGUCCGGCGAGAGGCAGAGGAGAAGAGGGAGAGUCGGGCGAGAGGCAAAUGAGAAAAGGGAGAGUCCGGCGAGAGGCAGAGGAGAAGAUGGAGAGUCCGAGUCGGGAGAAUUGGUGGAGAAACUGAGAAAGAGUGAAGGAACUCAAGGAAGUGUGGACUGUGAUACCACUUCCCUCUUUUCUCCCCGUAGCAGUGCGGCGACAGCUUUACACAACGGAGGAGUUCCUUGCACUCCUAAUCCGAAGAAGAAGAAGGUCUAUGACUGA